AUGCCGCCUCGGGGUGCCUCCACGGCUAUAAAUCCAGUGCGCUUACAAACCGUGUCGCGCUUAAAAAUCAGGCAUCCCGACAAGCAGGAGCCGAAUCCCUGUCUGGGACCCAUGACCGCUAUGUUGAACUGCUGGGCCGCCGGUGCCGCUUCAGGAGGGUGUGGACACCUCGAAAAAGUCCUGCGCGAAUGCAUGGAUGCACCUAAACCCCCUGCGAAGGCCAAAUCCACGAUAAACCACCAUCUGGGACGACUGUACCCGUUGAUUUCGGGGCCGAAGAAGAAGACCUGA